UAGUCCGGGCCCCCCGCGCGCACACGCACGGGAGCGCGCGAGCGAGCAAGACGCGCACACCCGGCGAGCCAAGUUCCGCAGCCUGGCAUGGCUUCUGGGGACCUUUACGAGGUCGAAAGGAUUGUGGACAAGAGGAAGAACAAGAAGGGGAAAUGGGAAUAUCUCAUCCGAUGGAAAGGCUAUGGCAGCUCCGAGGACACGUGGGAGCCAGAGCAUCACCUCCUGCACUGCGAGGAGUUUAUUGAUGAGUUCAACGGGCUGCAUGUGUCCAAGGACAAGAAAGUGAAGUCAGGAAAGCAGGCUGCAGCCUCCAAGCUCCUCCGUGACACCCGCAGCCCACCAGUGGAGAGGCUCCCCCACAGGCCCCUGGAGCCCGGCAAAAGCAAAUCAGCUUCCCACAAGCGGAAACGUAUCAACUCUCCCCUGUCCAGGCCCAAGAAGGGGUCUUCAGGGAAGGCCCCUGGGGCCACUAAGUCUGUGUCCUAUAGGACUACUCCCAGUGGCUUACAAAUCAUGCCCAUGAAGAAGGCUCAGAAUGGCUUGGAGAAUGGAGAUGCUGGUUCUGAGAAGGAGGAGGUGCACUUUGGAAAUGGGUCCCAUCAGCUGGAUUUGGAUUUGAGUGACCAGGUUGGAGAACAGGAUGCCAGCGACUGUGAUGGGACCCACUCUGCGCUGGUGGAGAACGGAGUCGGCCCUGCUCUGACCAACGGAGGCCUGAACCUGCACAGCCCCGUGAAGAGGAAGCUGGAGACAGAGAAGGAUUACGUCUUUGACAAGAGGCUCAGGUACAGUGUCCGCCAGAAUGAAAGCAACUGUCGGUUUCGUGACAUCGUGGUGCGGAAGGAAGAGGGCUUCACGCACAUUCUCCUGUCCAGCCAGACUUCAGAUAACAAUGCCCUGACACCUGAGAUCAUGAAGGAGGUCCGGCGAGCGCUGUGCAACGCGGCCACAGACGACAGCAAGCUGCUGCUGCUCAGUGCAGUGGGCAGCGUGUUCUGCAGCGGCCUGGACUAUUCCUACCUGAUCGGCCGGCUGUCCAGUGACCGGAGGAAGGAGAGCACUCGCAUCGCAGAAGCCAUCAGAGACUUCGUGAAAGCCUUUAUCCAGUUUAAGAAGCCCAUCGUGGUAGCCAUCAAUGGGCCAGCAUUGGGCCUAGGAGCAUCCAUUCUACCCCUCUGUGACAUCGUAUGGGCCAGUGAGAAGGCCUGGUUUCAGACACCAUAUGCUACUAUCCGCCUCACACCUGCUGGCUGUUCCUCCUACACCUUCCCCCAGAUUCUGGGUGUGGCACUGGCCAAUGAAAUGCUGUUCUGCGGGCGAAAACUCACUGCCCAGGAGGCGUGCAGCCGGGGCCUUGUCUCACAGGUCUUCUGGCCCACGACCUUCAGCCAGGAGGUCAUGCUGCGGGUGAAGGAGAUGGCAUCCUGCAGUGCGGUGGUUUUGGAGGAGUCCAAAUGCUUGGUCCGGAGCUUCCUGAAGUCGGUGUUGGAAGACGUGAAUGAGAAGGAGUGUGUCAUGUUGAAGCAGCUCUGGAGCUCCUCCAAAGGCUUGGACUCCCUCUUCAGCUACCUGCAGGACAAAAUCUAUGAAGUCUGAAGGGCCCCAGCUUGUGAGCCUCGCUGCUCAAGGGUACCUGACUUCCAGCUGGGCCCUGUGUUUCUGCCAUCGGAGCCCAGGGUCCACCCCUAGCCAAGAGUUUGUCAGGGUGUGUCUUCACACCUAGGGUUGUGUCCAUUCCUCGUGUCCUUCGGUUGUUCCUCAUUGGUUUGAUUUUGAUGUAACGGUGGGAAACGCAGUAUCCUUGGCCUCCCCGUGUCCCUAUCCCAGCCAGGCCAUAGAGCUUUCCAGGGUUACACGUUUUCAGGGCUCUGCCAGGCACUGCUUCCCUUUCCCCACUAGCUGAAAUGCUCCACCGCCAUGGUCCAGAAGGGGACGAUCAACCUCCCCCAUCCUCCUGACUCAGGCUGUGUCUACACAGUGCCUCCAACUUGGAGAUGAGGCCAUCAUGGGUCUCUGAUGAAAUGAUCUGGGACCAGGGGACAAUCAUCUUAGGGAAUUCGCAGACCAACAAGACUCUGUUGGCCCAUAGGCCUGGCUUCAGGCUCCUCUCCAAUGCAGCUCGGUGUGAUUCUUAGGGCUUGGUCUCAAAACCCAACUGAGUGAUUUACAAACCCAGAUAUUGUACAUUUAGAAAUGUUUUGUUAAAUAUAUAUUUUUAAAACAAUGUAAGUGGAAAUUCUGAUAAUUUAUGUGUAUUAUAUGUAAAGCUAGUUUUGCAAAAAAACAUGAAUUACUAGGAAAAUUUUUUCUUUAUUCGGAUUUAUUUUAUUUAUUUAUUUUUGUUUAUAUAUUAUGAAGUCUAUUGUUCACACAGAUCUUAUUUUCAUACUACCCUGGACCAAAUACGAUUCAAGGUUCACGCUGUUUGGUGCACGCUCACAACGAGCCAUGUGGGAAGUUCAGAGAUGAGAACGGAAGGGUUUUUUGUGGAUUUAAAAUGAACAACACUGUGUCAGGUCCUCUCCAAGUCACUCUCAUAACAUGAUGCCAGUUCUCUAGUAUUGUUUUUAGGAUAAGUCACUGUGGCGUUUUCUCUGUUACUCACUGUCAUUAAGAGGAUCCUAGGACUCUUGUGAUCCCAAAUGGUCUCAGAGCAGGACCCAGUCCUUAGAUGAGUGGCAUUAAGGAAGGAUGGGGGUGCGGUCCUGUUUCAGGAUGAAAUAUUGCCUAGGGUGAGGUGUUCUUUUGCUCUGGGAUAGAUAAAUGAACUUGGAUUUCUAAGACCUUUCCUCUCAGAUGGAAGUUAAUGUCUUAGUUGGCCUUCUGGGAGUGUUGAGAAAGAAAACCCAGUCUCUGGAGUUUUUCUAGGGUCCAAACCAUUUUGCUUCCAGAAGUCUGAACAAUGAGUCUUCUUUUUUUUCUAGCUGGGAGAAUACAAGGGAGCAGUAUCCAGCAUGCAGGUCUCCUUGCCUCGAUGGCUGUGGGCUACUGGAGGCCUCCAGUAGCUAUGUUCAUGUGAUCCAACUAAAGUCCCUGGAUCUGCAUGGUAGGGAAGUUUGAGUUUGAGUUGAUAAAGAAACAGGAAAUAGAAGGAAGAGAGGCUCCAUUGUGCCUGGAACCUCAAACCUCUUUGAGAUCAUGUGCCCAGAGAAAAUUAGACCAUCAGGGUGCCUGGAUUGUUCUAGAUGUGUUCUAGAUCUUGACCUCGGUUCUUUCUAGUCCGUUCCCUGUGAGUUUCCGGUCUUUCUUAGCCCUGCCUUGGAGACAGUGGGGUACAGUACUGAGUUGGCACAGCUUGUUGAGGGUUAGGGGAGUGGGAAGGUGGGCUGCAAAGAAGGAGAGUUGGUUCUCUGACUGCUCUCGAAUGGGAAUAGCUACCCCAAGUCCCAGGUGGAAGAAUGACACAGGUGGUUGAAUGUUUACAUGAGAACAAGUGUAGGGGCCCGACUCUAAACCUGGGAGACGGAGGCAGGAGGAUUGCUGCAAUUUCAGGUCCCUAGCCAGGGCUACAUAAGACUCUGUCUCUAGCCAGGCUGUGGUAGCCUUUAAUCCCAGCACUCAGGAGGCUCCCGCGUGUGCUGGCCUUGUGAUCCUCAGGAUGACCUUGCUUGCCUCUAUGGAACGCGUUAGGAGUCAGAAAGGUUCAAGAGGGUCGGAGUUUCACUUCUCCAUUCUCUUUCAGCCUGUGCCACUUGGGCCAUGCAGAGACUGAAGGGACAGCCAUGUCGGCUGUGUUCAGUCACAGGGAAACAGAAUCGAAUCCUGUAGUUCCCUGGUGUCCCAGUAGAACACUGUAGGAGCUGUAGGCUGGGGAGUAGAGAGUUAAUAGAGGAGCGCUCUGGAUUCUGCCAGCUGUCUGUUGUUGAACCUUCUCUAUUAGAUGAGUUCCAUGUGCUUCAUCCAAACCCUUAAGAUGGCCCUUGUUCUUGUGUAUGUCUCCAAGCCUCUUCAUAACUGCUGCUUCCUCUAUGGCUCCCAACCCUUGUGCUUUUUCAUUAAUCCGCGUUUGUCCAUAGGGAGGCAAGGGGUCAGGAUUCUUCCUGGAAAUGGAAAAGGAUGUUUUAGAAAUGCCUGUUAUCAGUGUCUGUCUCUGAUUCCUGCUGAUACAAUCAGAGUUUUAACUUUGGGUCCUUGAUGAGCACCAAACCUCUGAAUGUAUCAAGGGUCUGUGAUGACCGAGAUAGACAUGGAAUUCUUUCUAAGGUGGAAUUCAUAUGGCUCGUUUUAAGUCCUUUCAAGGUAGUUCUGCCACCUGCACACAGGUCCUUUAGUCAGUCGGCCACAGGGCUGGCUAGACCACUGGAGUGGCUGUUUUCAGAGCGCUGGGGGUAGUGUGUCAUUGAAAUGCAGCUGACCUCCAGCAUACUGAACGGGGGGUGGAAAAUACCAGCCUAUGGUUGUAUUCAGAUUACCCUAAAAGCUUUAUUGAGGCGGGGUGCUGGCUUCCAUCUUCUAUCUUGUACCCCAGUGUCCUCUCUGCUCCCAUGAGGUCCUUCUGUUUGUCCCUUUACCUUCCUUGUUCCUUUCCCAUGUCCUCCUUUCCUAGAGCCUAAGUAAAUCUUUGAGGAAUUGUGUGGAUGGCCCAACUCAAGAGUUCCUUUGAGUUUAGAAGGACAGCUGUGGGUGAGAAGUAGAGUGCCUGAUCUGAGUCAACAUCCCUUCUAGCAAGCCGCUCAGGACGGCCCCCGUCUGCCACGACCUUGGUGACCACAACUUCCAGCACGGGGAUAUGACAUGAUUGGGGUUAGAUGCUUUGAUCCCGGAGACUUUGGAAGAGUUAUGGUUAAGAUGGCCAGACCACCUCAGCACACGGAGGCCACUUUGUAAUGUGGGUGUUCUUUUAUUUAGGUGACCCUUUCCUGUUUCAAAAUAAAGUCUGAGGGGAAACACCUUAUGCUGAGAAGGAAGUAAAGACUUAAAAGCUUAUUCUUUGGAAUAGGUCAAACUGGGAAUUGUCCUCUCGGAAGCAUGAAAAGCUGAAAUUCAAUAUGAGGACGGGAAAAUAACCACAGCACACUGUGAACAAUGCAAUUUUGUCUCUAACUCUCCUUUACAAAUUGCCUCCGCCGAAUGCUGAAUUGUAUCCCCCACUCCUAACUCCUGGGUUCAAAAAUCUCUUUAGAACUUUGUAAUUUUUUUUUUAAAUUUGGAAUUUAGUCCCACUCCACACACUUUUUCAAUCUAUUUUCUGUAGAAGUUUUUUUUUUUUAAAAAAAAAUAAUAGUAAUAAAAAUCCCCCAAAUCUUCCUAUGGGAACAUUUAGAAGGAAGGCCUGCUUCUCUUGUGUUUCUGUUGUAUAUAUGAGACAAGAUGCCCUCACUAAUAGACACAGUAUUUAAGACUCCAAAUGAGAUUUCUUAAGUAUUUUAUUUUAUUCUCUGUAAAUGGUUUUGUAAAAAUCACGAAAAUCUCCACUUUGCCUUUGUAGAUACAUCUUCGGGGGCUUGUCUUGCAUGUGUGUUUUUUGUUGUUAUUGUAGCUAAGUGCCACUUAGUUCUUUCUGCGGGUUUUGGUUGAAAUGCUUAUAGACUUUAAUACAGUAUAUAUAUUUUCAGAAUAUAAACUUUUAUAUUUCUGUGGUAAAUUAGGACAUGCGUUUUAGGCAAUCUUUUCCAUUAAUAUCACUUCUUCCUUCAAAAAAAAUAGAUCGCAUACUGGUUUGGUGCCAUUUUUUUUUAUCAAAUAGUCUUACAUUAAGAAAUCAAGUCAAUUUUCUUUUUCUUUUUUAGAAGUCAUUGCAUUUGAAAUCUAAUUUGAACACGUGUUGAAUUUGUGGAAUAAGCCUUACCAUUAGGUUCAAUAAUCCUGCUGAUCUUCAACACUACGCGUGUAGUUCAAGCCCCCCUCCCCCACACCCCACAUAAAUUCUCACUGUGUGGCAGUUGAUGGAGCUGUGAACAGAGCCUUAAGGUUGUUGCAAAAAAUAAAUAAAUAAAUAAAUAAAAGGAUAAUACGGGUUGUUUCCUCCAUGUAAGCCAUGUUGGUGGGCUCGAUGCAGUCUGUAGCUCGUGGCUAACCGGAAGAGAGUGGUAGAGUCGAUGGCGGCAGGGACCAGAUGGAUUUCUUGAUGAAUGUCUUUGGCCAUCAUAUGGCCAAGGACAGGCUUUCUGAACCACUGUCAUUCUAGUCACAUGGUUUGGAAAUGGUAACAGGGAGGGCUGCGGAUUCAUCGUCUGUUCUAAAUAAAUGACAGUUCCUGCUCCUGACCCCAGUGGGGACUCCAGGUUCCUUGUGGGUGACCUGCAAAUGUCCAGGGUAGCUAAAGUCGGCAGUCUCUGUGAGAUGCUAACAAAGUUUACAUAAAAGUCUUACUAUGUAGACAAUCUGGAGUCGGUUUUUGUUCCGUCAUUGGCAUUGCCAUGCGUCCUUGGUGUUUCUGUGAGGAAAUGUAUGUCGAGCCAUGCUAGACUGGAGCUGGGCAGGAUGGGCAUACUGUAGACACAGAGCAUGCACAGCAAGCGAGCUGGUUUAGCCAGGGUCUUUUCAGUGGCACAGAAAUCCCAGAUUUUAUCAGCAGUGAGCAUAGUGUAUCUCGGAAUCUUAAAGAGUUAAUUCUCAAAAAUUAAAUCCCAUUUUUGGUAGGUGGCACUCUGGCCAUUACCAGCUGAUUCUCCUUAUCAACCUUUGGAAUAGGAGCAUGAGUUCAGGGCUGUGUGGUUAAGCAUGGGAUCCCUCUUUAGGCAAUGCCCAAAGUCGCCUUUUCAGCAUUAGGGUUGAGAUUGGCGUGUGCUCAUGUGUCAGUCAGAAGACCUGAUGUGUAGGGUUAGCUUCUGCCUUGCAUCUCUGGGUUGGCUUCACCUCUUUGUCUCAACAUCUAGUCUUCCACUGGAGCGUGUUAAAUUGACUCUGGGAAGUUCAGAGGGUGUAGAGUUUUCCACCUAGUAUUUAAUUUGCCAUUAUGCCAUUAGUUCCAGCUUGAAGUUAUUUUCUAAUGGCUACAUUGACAAGGCUGUGAAAAUAACUGCCUUUCAUAAAACCAAGGACCAAAGAAUUUCAUUAUUCCAACCAAGCAUGAGUUUCAUAGCCUGUAGGCACAUCUGGGUCCAGAUGUGUGAGCUUCAUGGCACAGAGGAAGCCUUGGUUUCCUCAAACUCAUGCUCCCCUAACUGGCCAUGCAGAGAAGUUGACUAGCUCGUUGAAAGGCUCUGAAGGAGAGUUUCUGCGAUUGGAACUUAGUAUCUCAGGUGGGUGUUUCUGCUGUGUGGUCUCAGCUUUCUAUUUGUCCCAUUACAAAGUGGAACUCUGGGAUCCCGCCAGGUUGUCUGAACACCGUAGACUCUUCCAUUUGUGUGUGGGCCUCUGGCUGAAGUUUUGCAGCUAGGUCUCCAGGGAUGCAUCCUGUGACUGCCAGAUGUCCAUCUCUUUAGCUCCUCAUCAAGCCAUUCCACUUCCUGCUUGGUAGAGCAGGAAUUUUCCUCAGCGGCCCCACCAGGGGAUGCCCCUGUUCUCAUUCUCAUUCUUGAUGAUGUCAUCGACUUCUUUACUAAUCCAGAGCUGACUGGUGUUAAAGAAGUGCUAUUCUAUUGGUAAGGCUUAUUACCAAACUUCUGAUAAUGAAGCAGGCUACCAAAAACGUGUCCAGCUCACUCUAGGAGUGUUUGGGUUUGAUCAUGGAUGUAGUGUACACACCAAAAUCCAUGGAUACCUUUACAGGUUAGGUUACUCGUUUUCUUUUGCCAGAUUUUCACUGGAGAGUCCUUAGUUUUGGAUACUUGUAAGUAUGAGUCCUUCAUAGAGUUAUAUGCAGGUAUAGCUGGCCCAUUCUCCACAUUGUAAAUAUUUUUCCCAAACUGGGUGCAGUACUGAGGGUAAUAAUCUUCUGAUUUAUCAAAUGCUGUCUGGAGCAAAUCGUCCACUCUUUGUGAAUGGUCCUGUAACGUAUAUGAACAUAUUUCUGGGUGCCUUAGAAGUUGUAUUUUUCAUGUGUGCUAAUAUGCAGUAUUUAUACAUCGUGAGAAGCUGCUUUGAAUAAAAAGAUUGAAACUUC